AUGGACGGGGCUGAAGCCUCUACCUUUGAACCCCUCGGGCACACCAGCUUCGAGAUGGCUGGGAUGCCUGGCAACUACGACAACAUGAGCGGGGUAGCAACCACCAAUUUUAACAACAUGACCGGGGUCACAGGUCCCACCUUCGACACCAUGAACGGCAACAACAUGACCGGGGUCGCAGGUCCCACCUUCGACUCCAUGAACGGCAGCACCAUGAACGGUGUCACAGGUCCCACCUUCGACACUAUGAACGGCGUCACAGGUCCCAACUUCGACGCCAUGAACGGGGUCAUGCCUUCCAGCUUCGAAGGCAUGAACGGCAUUCCGCCAAACUUUGAUGCGUCCAACUUCGAUGCCAUGAACGGCAUGAUGCCCGCCAACUUCAACAUGAACGGCAUCAUGCCCUCCUCCUUUGAUGCCAUGGGAAAUUCAUUCGAUGCCAUGGGCGCGGUUGCGCAAGGCUUCGACGGCAUGAUGGUUCCGCAGAUGAACCAGAUGAAUGUCCAGAUGAACGCCCAGAUGAAUGCCCAGAUGAACGCCCAGCUGCAGAUGAAUGCCCAGCUGUUGAACGCUCAAAUGAAUGCCCAGAUGAUGCAGGCACUUCAGCAACAGCAGCUGGCUCAGCAGCAGUACUCUCAGCAGGAAGCGUUUGUGCCCACUCCCACAGCUCCCACAGCUCCCACACCAACCCAGAACGAGGCCAAGAAGGAUGGCAAACCCUGGGCCAACUACAAACCAUCCUCAGCUUCACAGUCACAGUACAAAGCACCAUCGAAGGCACAGCCCCAGCAAGUCGGCAACCUCUUGAAACCGCAGCCGAAGCCGGUGCCAGCACCCAAAAUCACCCCAAAAGCACCUCCCAAAGCUGCGCCGAAAGCUGGUGAUGGCUUGAUAAAGGAGCUCGCAGACGCGACGCCCGCCUACACCAAGCAAAAGGCCCCCCCACCACCACCGUUACCUCAGCCCAGUGCAGACGCAAACGCGAGAGGCCUCCCCGCCUUGGACGUGCGAUGCGUGGCUAGGCUCCGUCGCGCUCUGCAGUGUGGCUAUCUGACCCUCAUGGAACGAUCCACCCUCUCCGAGAAGUUGGAGGAAUUAGCCACCUAUGCUCCCUCGAAACAGCUCGCAACGGUGAAGAAGUUCCUGAGUCCCAGCUACGAGGAUUUCAGAUGGAUUAGUAGCAAGGCAGAGUGGCUUCAACGCUGCCUGAACUACACCCGGGCUGGAGGCGAGAACUACAAGGGCAAAGGCACAAAGUCCGCCUCGGAGGAAGCUCUUGUGAAAGCUUUAGCUGAUCACGGGUUGCUUCCUUUUGCCAUCGACGAAGGGUGCUGGAGCACCUUUGGUCUCUUGCCGCCCUUAUUGCAAGAGAAUGUGGUAAAGGCAGUCCGCCACGGCUUGUUUCUAUCUUCCACACUGCAGCCGUCGGAGCACUUCGUGCACAUCUGCGUGAAUGAGGAGGUCAUUUACAAUUUGGAGGCGAAGCCUGUGCCAAACGACAUGCCGACUCCCGAGCAAGCGGGCAUGGAAAGCAUCGAUCAAACUCUGUACCACCAGCUCCGGCAGUAUAUCCUUUUCCAGCAUCGGAAUUCAGAAGAUCGGUGCUUGCGGCUGCUAGCUGAGAGUGGACCAAUCUUGCCGGGCACACCUAACAGCCUUCUCUAUGUGCACAUGGCCACGUCCGAUGAGCGAAUGAAGGGAUCAGCAGAGGUGCUGUCCCUCCUCCAUGCAGCUUCUGCCUGCGGUCUCUCGCGACUAUGUGCUCGGUUCCUUGCGGAGGGCUUACCUGCCAGUGAGGCUACUGGGAACGAGUUGGCCACACCUCUUCAUCUCGCAGCAGGGCGCGGGGCCCUGGAGUCUGUGAAGGUCCUGAUCAGGGCUAAGGCGGAUGUGCUGAUGAAGGACAAGCUCGGUCGCACGCCAAUGUACUAUGCAGUUACGGCUGCGCAGGAGGAUGCAGCAACACCGGCACAGGAGUCGCAGCACCAGCUGCAUUUGCAGGUGUGCCAGCAGCUCUUGAAUGGCGUCUUGCGAGUUGCACGGGAAGGCCGUGAGUGGGACACGGAGGAGAGCAGCGAGCUUGAGAGAUUCGCAGAGGAGAAGCAUCACUGGCCGCUUCUGAACCUUCUGAGUCUCAACAAUCGCCUUCGGCAGCUCGGUUUGAGGAAUCCGGCAGCCUUGACAGACUCGGUGAUCCAGCGGAUCUCAGAACUGCAGUACGAGACAGCAUGCUUGGCGGUGUCCUUUUUCGAAGACCCGCCUGAGACGCAAGAGUCGACGGAGUGCCUUCUCAAGGUGCCUGACGAGGCGAUGCCAAUUGAGCUUCAAGCUAUUCUCGAGUCGGAUUUCAUCAGAGAUCAUGAUCGACUGCGACGUCAAGGCAACCGAAUGCACAGGCAUUUCGGUCUCUCCAAGAGAUGCCUGGAUGUUUGGGUAAGCCUUCCUCACGAUGUGGCACAACAUGCGCUCAGCAUCUUCAUGCUGGAGCAGGUCUCAGCACACCAUUUUAAAGUGCCGGAAGACGAGUUGAAGGCGAUGGAGGAGGAGGCAGCGGACGAGAUUCAGAUCAUGAACGUUGGAGAGGAUCCCAACCGGUAUGUGGGCACCAUCCGGAAGUGGGAUUCUGAACGAGGCUUCGGCUUCAUCGUGCAGCCGCAGCCAGAGGAGGAGACCGGCGAGGAGGAUCACAAGGAUAUCUUCGUCCACCGCACCAACCUCAUGGGCUCUGCUCCCGGUGUGCACAUCGACCUCCAGGAAGGGAGCAAGGUGUCCUACUUCCUUGGCAUGCAAGAUGGCAAAGCACGGGCUCUCCAAGCCGCGAUGAUCGACGACGAGUUCUACGUCCACCAAAUCCAUCUCCAGAAGAAGUCCUCCAAGAGUAAAAACCUGUCACCGAAGGAGAAGCGGCAGGCCAGGAUUAUGGAGAUCGCGGAGCAGGAGACGCAUGAGGUGUCCAAGUACUUCUUGAGGCAGAUCGGCAGCGCUGCAAUUCAAGACAUGGUGCACGAAAGGAGGCAGGACUUCGAAUCCUUUUUUCGCUGUUGCGGAUUGCUCCGCUACAACAAUGUCAAGCGCGACGAUGCCUUCUGGAAGAAGGAGAUUGAGCGCAGGGUCGACAUCUUCGUGGAGCAAGAGAGCACGCCCUUGCAGAAAAAGGAUUUCGACUUCCGUGUGCGGAGAUUCCUGACCGAGUUUUGCAUGAGGAGAAACGUGAUCCGCGUCAGUGAAGCUCUUGCCAUGGUCAGUAAGAGCAUCUCGGGAAAGAAGAGGGAGGACAUCCAGACUUGGCCUGCCUAUGUGGCUACGCUGCUUCGCAAGUUCGAUCCCGAAGUGAACGCCUUCAUUACAACUCGGGAGAGUCAGAAGAAUUCGAGGGCGGAUGCUGACGAAACCAUCAAGGCGGAAGAUGCCGAGCCGGAGGAGGAGGACAGCGGAAGUGACUCCGAAGACGUGGGUUCACUCAGCGACACGCUGGACAUGUACAGCCCCCCGCCGGCACAACCCGAGCAACUGGAAGAAGCGAUUCCCGAAGCCGAAGAGGCUUCAGGAUUCGCCUUUCAGUGA